GGCAGGCACCUGGCAGGGAGCCGCAGCGCCGGGGAUGUGAACCAGGCGGGGAGGAAGGCCCUUGACUCAUCAGAUAAAUCCAGCCCCGCACGGCGAGCGAAGGCGGAGGAGGUGCGGCGGCGCGGCUGUGAGCAGGGGAGGAGGAUGGCGGGGGACAGCGAGCAGCGGCUGGAGGAGCAGGGGCAACCCAGCGGUGGCGAGCCCUUCCUCAUCGGGGUCAGCGGCGGCACGGCCAGCGGCAAGUCUUCAGUAUGCUCCAAAAUCGUCCAGCUGCUGGGCCAGAACGAGGUGGACUACCGCCAGAAGCAGGUGGUGAUUGUGAGCCAGGACAGCUUCUACCGGGUUCUCACCUCGGAGCAGAAAUCCAAAGCACUCAAAGGCCAGUUCAAUUUUGACCACCCAGAUGCUUUUGACAACGAGCUGAUCGUGAAAACACUCAAAGAGAUCACAGAGGGGAAGACGGUCCAGAUUCCUGUCUAUGACUUUGUCUCCCACUCCAGGAAAGAGGAGACGGUGACCGUGUACCCUGCCGACGUGGUGCUCUUCGAAGGCAUCCUGGCCUUCUACAGUCAGGAGGUGCGGGACCUCUUCCGCAUGAAGCUCUUCGUGGACACGGACGCGGACACCCGGCUGUCCCGCAGAGUGCUACGAGACAUCAGUGAGCGAGGCAGGGACCUUGAGCAGAUCUUAUCUCAGUACAUCACCUUCGUCAAGCCUGCCUUCGAGGAGUUCUGUUUGCCGACCAAGAAGUAUGCUGACGUGAUCAUUCCCAGAGGAGCAGAUAACGAAGUGGCCAUAAACCUGAUAGUGCAGCACAUCCAGGACAUUCUUAAUGGAGGACUCAGCAAACGCCAGAGCAACGGCUACCUGAACGGCUACACUCCUCCGCGCCAGCGGCAGCCCUCAGAGUCCAGCAGCCGGCCUCACUGACGGGCGGAGGUGUGAGGCUGCGGGCCGGGCACCAGGCCCUGCCACUGCCCUUCUGUACAUACUGUCCGUUCGAUACCCCCUUAUCUAUUUAAGAAACCAGACGGAGACAAAUGCCUUUAAUUUUGUAUGUUUGAAAUGCCGAAUGAGAAGCAGCCAGUUUGCUCGGGAGCCUGGACCGCCCACAGCUCCUGGCCUUGCUCAAUAACUCCUCCAUCACGGAACCGGCUAUAAAUCUCUAUAAAUAUAGAAUUGCUCUAUUUUUGUGUAAAUGCAGAAUAAUGUAAAAUUACUUGCCGUAAGGUAUUUGCCAGGCUCAGUGUUGCUGGGAGGGGCUGGGAAGAGGCUCCUGGGAGAUGUUGGUGUGAGGAUCUUCACCUCGAAGUCGGUAAGGAAGGAAGAGCAUUCAACAAUGGCUUUAGUAUUGCAGGUCUCCAUCCCGGAGAAGGACUGGGCUGUGGUGGAGGUGGCAGCUUGAGUGUGGCAUGAGUGUUACAGCUGGAUCAGGAUUGUCUCCUACCAUUGGUGUUCAGGUCUGAGCAACCUGGUGUUGGCUGGCAGGCGCUGGCCAAUGCCACUGGGAGCUAGGAGAAUGAUGUGGAAAUACCUCUCCCUGACUGUCUCUACACCUCCAAGUCUCAAUCCCUCAACAGCAUCCUAUUCUGUUCUGAAACCCCUUCCCACCACAGGUGUGGGGCUGCUGUCACACCCUCCAGCAAGGACCUGGUAGGUGGUGCUGGGAGUGUGGUUAUACCGACAUGACAUCUUGCAUUUUUAGCAGUCUCACUGCCUGGUGUGUAUGGGGACAACAUGUGGAUACCUUCAGUC